CUAUAAAGAAUCACGACCCCGGGUGCCAACUACGGGGUAAGGCUUGACCUUGUCCAACGCCAAGUGGACCCUUCCCCGGAUUCGCUGCGAUAAUCCGAGAAAUAGCUCGGAACAGCAAGUGUUGCGGUAAACAUGGGACGAUGGUAGUCCUCGUGCAUUUCCCCGCGGGGUAUGACUGUAAUGAUGGUGAGGUAGCAUCAGAAGUAUGGCUCGGCAAUGAUGCCUUCGAGACGAGGCAUCGAGGAUAAGAGGCAACUCACCCUUCGCUCGAGAGAAUCAUCACCCGGCUGAACUUUUGAACCCUGAAUUCUGAAUUUUACUUGACCGUUUCACGACCCAUACCAAUUAUCACAAACGAAUGGGCUGCUUCAACACUCAUGCAUCGGGUACUCUGGACCCGCCAGAGGUCCGCAAUUGGCGGAUCCACCUCAUUGCACUCAUCGCUUCGAUGUCUGCACUAGCUAUGGGAUAUGACACAGCCGUCAUCGGUGGGACUAUGGCUCUCACCUCCUUCAUUCGUGACUUCGGCAUGAAUGACAUCGCAAAGAGCAACCGCGACACAAUUCAGGGCAAUAUCGUCUCCACAUUCCAGGCGGGAUGUUUUUUCGGGGCGCUUCUCGCUUUCCCUUUCGCCGAACGCAUUGGGCGAAAAAAGACAAUGAUAAUAGCUUCCACAGUGUUUCUACUCGGUGGCACACUCAUGACUGCUUCUCAAGGCAGUCUCAAUAUGAUCUAUGGUGGACGAGCUGUAGCAGGUCUAGGCAUUGGCGCAUCGAGUAUGGUCGUACCUGUCUACAUUUCUGAAACUGCGCCACCUUCUAUUCGUGGUAGACUGGUCGGUAUCUUCGAGAUUGCUUCCCAAGGUGGAGGUAUGUUGGGCUUCUGGAUCAACUAUGCUUGUGAUAGAACCAUCAGUGUCGAAGGCAAGACGCAGUGGGUAGUACCUCUCGCGAUCCAGCUCAUUCCUGGUCUACUAUUGCUUCUCGGUGUCGCAUGGUGUCCAGAAUCACCGCGAUACCUCGCAAAGAAGGAUAACUUCGAAGGAGCAGAACGUAUCUUGUGUAAGAUUCGCUGCCUGGACGGAUCUCAUGCGUAUAUUCAGCACGAGAUGAGCGAGAUUCGGGCGCAGGUCGAAGAGCGUAGCGCUAACCGUCAGAGCAAGAAGGCACAGUUUAUGAAGCUGUUCCAGAAGGGUGUGCGAAACCGAAUGGCCAUUGGUCUUGCACUCAUGUUCUUACAGUCAUUCACAGGUGUCAACAUUAUUACCUACUAUGCACCUCGCAUAUUCGAAACACUUGGUAUUUCCGGCACUUCGACCAAGCUAUUCUCCACUGGCUUCUACGGUAUCGCGAAGACACUCGGCAUGUUCACCUUUACCUUCGUCGUUGUGGAAAAGGUUGGGCGUCGCAAGGGGCUUAUUUGGGGGGCAGCGCUCGGUUGCAUUCCUAUGUGGUAUAUCGGUGGCUAUGUCAUGAAAGCCGAUCCGGCUGGAGCUGCUUUGAGAGGCGAUAUUUCACGCGAUGGUUGGGGUUACCUGGCAAUGGUCUGCGUUUACGUCAACGCCUUCAUCAUCUGCGCAACAUGGCAAGGUAUCACCUGGACCUACGCAUCGGAAAUCUUCCCUCUCGACAUCCGCAUGCUGUGCGUAUCGCUAACAACCGCCGACACCUGGCUUGGUUCGUUCAUCAUCGCACGCAGCACGCCAUACAUGAUCUCGGAUCUUGGUUAUGGCGCGUACUUCUUCUUUGCUACUAUCCUCCUAAUGAUGGGUGUUUGGAGUUUCUUCUUUGUACCUGAGACGAAAGGUAUCAGUCUUGAGGAGAUGGACGCCCUGUUCCUGAGGCCUAUGCACCAGGCUGUGUGGGCGCAGCUCCGCGGCAAGCCGAUCUUGACCGAAGAGGAGGUCAUCGCGAGAAACAAGGGUUUAGAGUCGGGACACGAGAAAAAUGUUGGUGUGGAGAGGAUCGAAGUCGUAAAGAGAUAAGAUCAAUGAACGGCGAUGAGGGGGCUCGAUCAAUGAUGGUGGACUGGUUUGCCUCAUUCCUUUUAUCGCCGAAGAAGACGAGUAGACGCGCAUGAC